CGGCGCCGGGCUCUGAAGCAUGGAGGGGGUUCUGUACAAGUGGACCAACUAUCUCACAGGUUGGCAGCCUCGUUGGUUUGUGUUAGAUAAUGGAAUCCUGUCCUACUAUGAUUCACAAGAUGAUGUUUGCAAAGGGAGUAAAGGAAGUAUAAAGAUGGCAGUUUGUGAAAUUAAAGUCCAUUCAGCAGACAACACAAGAAUGGAAUUAAUCAUUCCAGGAGAGCAGCAUUUUUACAUGAAGGCAGUGAAUGCAGCUGAAAGACAAAGGUGGCUGGUUGCUCUGGGGAGCUCCAAAGCCUGUUUGACUGAUACUAGGACUAAAAAAGAAAAAGAAAUAAGUGAAACCAGUGAAUCUCUGAAAACCAAAAUGUCUGAACUUCGCCUCUACUGUGACCUCCUAAUGAAGCAAGUUCAUACGAUCCAAGAAUUUGUUCACCAUGAUGAGAAUCAUUCAUCUCCAAGCAUAGAGAACAUGAAUGAAGCCUCUUCUCUACUUAGUGCCACAUGUAAUACCUUCAUCACAACACUUGAGGAAUGUGUGAAGAUAGCGAAUGCCAAGUUUAAACCUGAGAUGUUUCAGCUGUCCCAUCCGGAUCCCUUAGUUUCUCCUGUGUCACCUUCUCCUGUUCAAAUGAUGAAGCGUUCUGUCAGCCAUCCUGGUUCUUGCAGUUCAGAGAGGAGUAGCCACUCUAUAAAAGAACCAGUGUCUACACUCCACCGAUUCUCCCAGCGACGCCGAAGAACCUACUCAGAUACAGACUCCUGUGAUGUUCCUCUUGAAGACCCAGAUAGACCUGUUCACUGUUCAAGAAAUACACUUAAUGGAGAUUUGGCAUCAGCAAGCAUUCCUGAAGAAAGCAGACUUAUGGCCAAAAAAAAAUCUGAAUCGGAAGAUCCUCUUCCAUCCUUCUCUCCCUGAGGAAAUGGAAGUGUCCAACUUCCUCUAAGUAUUGCUAU